ACCUCAUGAUCUCUUCUGCUCCUCUGCAUCUAACCCCAGUUACUGUCGUCAAUGUAUAUACAUCUACUUAUGUAUGUGUAUCUCUUUUUCCCUAUAUAAAUAGCUAAGUGUGCAUAUUUCGAGUUAGAAGUUGGAAAGCUAUCAGACUACAAUGGCUGAUCUUCAAAUCGUGCCAGCAUACAACAAGGUGGAAGCACAGUAUGUAGAAAUGAUGGUGCCUUUGUACUCUUACGGUUGUGAGAAGAAAAUCAAGAAGGCUCUUUCUCAUCUCAAAGGAAUAUAUUCAGUGAAAAUAGACUACUACAAACAGAAGGUGACUGUUUGGGGGAUUUGCAACAAGCUUGAUGUGUUAGCAAUGGUGAAAAAGAAGCGUAAAGAUGCUCGGUUUUGGAAUGCUGAGGAGAAUGAUCAAGAGAAUGUGGAUCAAGAGAGUGUGGAUGAUUCCAUCGUCCAGAAAGAAGACAGCGUUAAAACUUCGUCUGAUUCAGUUAAAUCAUCGGCGUUUUACACGUAUUCUCCGUCGUCUCCGAGGUUUAAGAGACCUCCUCUGUCACUCAUUAGAACAUCUUCCUUCACAUGGAGAGCUGUGAAGAAGGUCUUCUCUAGAUCCAUUUCCUUCUGAAUCACGUUUUCUUCUUAUAUGAACCUAAUAAUGGUACAAGAAGUCAGGUAUCUCUCGGUGUAUAAAUAUCAAAUAUUGUAGUUGAGAACACUCGUCAGCAACCAAUAUUUGAUGGUAGUUCAAUGGUCAUGGCUUUGUUCGUCUAUUAUAUGUUCAAAAUCUAUGUUUUUUGGACAUGUUUCUUUCCUUAGAUACUAUAAAUAAACAGUCCUAGUUGAUAAGAUACUC